UUUUGUGUUGGCAAUAUGUCCAAAGGCGUCUUGAAAAUUCAAUUCACCAUGACAACACAAAUCGACAAAUUUACGAUAAGAGCAACACCAGAAGUCGUCAUGUUAAAAAAGAAGUUUGCAUGUGAAUUUUCAAUAUAUUUGAAACCCAAAUGCACGUGUCGAAUAAAUAACACGAUUUGCAUAGUUUCAAAAAAUCUCAAAACAAACGUCGAAAAUAUUAACGAAAUUGUGAUGAAAGGAAUUACUAGUCAAUCUACAAGAAUAGAUUAUGACGAGUUGCUUGAAGAAUCAAAAUUGGGUGAAGGAUCUUUUGGUGUUGUUUACAAAGGAAAAUAUAGAGGAAAUGAGGUAGCCAUCAAGAAGAUGAAACAAACCGAAGACGGCAAAACUGAUAGUGGAGAUAAAUCAGAUGAUGAAUUUGAAAAAGAAGUUGCAAUGUUAGAUAAAUUUAGGUGUGAGUAUAUCAUCCAUUUCUAUGGAGCCGUGUUUAUACCAAAUAAAAUGUGUAUGGUCACCGAAUUUGCUUUGUUUGGUUCAUUACAAGAUUUAAUGAAACAUAAAAUUAGCAUAGAAAUUGAAAUGAAACUUCGAAUAAAAUUGAUGUUGGAUUCAAUAAGUGGAAUAAUUUAUUUACACACAAAUGGGAUAUUACACAGAGACAUCAAGCCAGACAACAUACUUGUUGUUUCAAUUGAUUUAAACAACAGUGUAAAUGCUAAACUGACUGAUUUUGGAAGUGCAAGAAAUGUCAAUAUGAUGAUGACUAACAUGACAUUCACAAAGGGAAUUGGUACACCAGUCUACAUGGCGCCCGAAGUGUUAAAACGAGAAAAAUAUAAAAAGAGUGCUGACGUAUACUCUUUGGCUAUAACCAUGUUCGAGUGUAUUACAUGGAGUUAUGCAUAUUCUAAAGAUAAAUUCAAAUUUCCUUGGUCAAUUGCAGAGUUUGUAAUAAAGGGGUCACGAUUACCAAAGCCAGAUGAGAUGAAUCAAAACAUAUAUGAUAUUAUUAAUGGUUGUUGGGAUAAUGAACCUACAAAAAGAAGUUCUUUAGAAAACGUUAAAUAUGAGCUUGGAACUAUAUUUAAUCACAUUUAG